GGCGGACUCACUCAUCUCAGCACCGGUUUGCGCAAAGUCACGAGGUCGAUAACUUAGACGAACCUCAUUUUUAGCAUCUUUUAUUCUUUUUCACUAAUGUCCACUCACGGUUUCCGUGCGUUCGAAUCCACAUCUCGUCUCGGUGCCCGCGAGCAAACAGACGAGGAGCGUUAUGGAAUCCCUGAAAACUUUCUAGAAAUUGAGGUCAAAAAUCCUCAGACCCACGGGUUUGGACGCAAGAUGUAUACUGACUAUGAAAUCGUUGUGCGGACAAAUAUCCCGGCUUUUAAGCUUAAGCAAUCGUCUGUACGAAGGCGCUACAGCGAUUUUGAGUGGUUCCGUGAUGUACUAGAACGAGAAUCCUCGCGUGUCAACAUUCCUCCAUUGCCUGGCAAGGUCUUUACAAAUCGAUUCACCGAUGAUGUUAUUGAACAACGUAGGGAAGGUCUGGAACGCUUUCUACAAGUUGUUGCUGGUCAUCCACUUUUACAAACGGGUAGCAAGGUCUUGGCUCCAUUCGUUCAAGAUCCGAACUUCUCCCGUGAUCAGUACCACUAUUAACAAAAUCUAUUACUGACAAAUCUGUCAUUUUGCAUUUGAAAACUGCGAUAUCAGCUAUUCACUUUCGUUUCUUAGUGCCAAUUGACCGGUGGUACUACGCUUUCAUAUUCUUCUAAACAAUUACUUUGUUAUUCACUUUUGCCUGUACGAUCGGGAGCCAUUUCAAGAGAGAAGUUUAUUCACCAAAUUUUACGAUGAAUCUGGAUUUGGUUUGAACAACCAAAAUAAAAACAAAUUUAAUCUUUCUAAGUAUCCGUUUGAGGUUCAAGAUGAAACAGAUACAUGACUGGAAAUCCACAA